AUGUCUGGCAGCAUUUCCGCUGAUGAUGUGCGCCGCUACCAGGAACCCUACAGCGGCCACAAACCAGUCCCGACAAUUUCCAAAUACCGCGAGGAACUGGCAUUGCGGCAGCAAGAAGCCAUGCAGCAUGACGAGGCACCGCCAGCCGACGAGGGCCUCUCCGAGCUGCGCCCCAGCCGCUCCAUGCUCUCCGCAGGCCAGCGGCCUUCUUCAUCCCUGAGCAUACGGAGCGUACUCAGUGACAGGGCCAGCCGCAAGAGCAGAUCACGCAGCCGUGGCCGAGACGAAGAUGACAAGCCCCAGGAGCUCCCCAUGAUUGACACGUCUCAGACGGACCCGGCCCUUACUGAUCCACGCCAACGUCGCAAGGAACUAGGUGCCAAGGGCAAAGAGAAACGAAAGCAGCGAGCCGAACGCGAAGUCACGGAUCCUGUAACGCACCAGACCAUUACCAUUCAAGAUUUUGACGACGACGCGCUCGAAAAAGUGACCUUUAACGAUGCCGCCACGCUUGCUCCGAGAAAGUCAAUGUCCUCGUCGCGCGAUGAGCCCACCGGCACCAAGAAAACCCAUGACCCGGCGGCCCUUAACCAGGAGUUUCCUGUUCCCGACUUUGGGGGCCUGCGAGACGAAAUCGAACACAUUAGCCGCCAAGGCGCCACCGUUGGCGUGUUUGGCGCCGCCAUCAUUCUGAUCGCCGCCUACGAAAUAUACAAGCUGCUUCCUGCUUCCACGAAACAGGGCAACAUCCCUUGGUUCUUGUUCUACGGCGGGUUUUUCUUAAUGACAUAUCUUGCCAUCUUCGUUCGCGACUUUAGCUCCAGGCAAACGAGACAGCUUUUCGAAGAUGAAAUCUGGCAUGCGCACCGCGAAAAGAUGAAGACGGAGGCAGACAAGAGCACCCACGAGCGGACUGUCUGGCUCAACUCUGUGCUACGUACACUCUGGCCUAUCAUUAACCCGGAUCUCUUUGCCAGCUUCACCGAUAUUCUUGAAGAUGUCAUGCAGGCUUCAAUUCCUAAAAUCGUCCGCAUGGUUAGCAUUGAAGAUAUUGGGCAGGGCAGCGAGCCGCUGCGAAUUCUUGGUAUCCGGUGGCUGCCAAGCGGUGCCACUUCAGAAGCGCUCAACCCCAAGGAUGGCUCCGACAAGGACAAGAAUGACAAGGACAAAGGGAACAAUGCGCCGAACAACCCCUUCAGCCCUCAUGCAAUGGACGACGAAGAAGGCUCAUUUGUCAACCUGGAGAUUUCAUUUGCCUACCGUACCCGGGCUAGCUCGAGAAUGACCAAGCAUCGCAACAACGAUCUACACCUCUUUGUGGCGUUUUACCUGCCUGGAAACAUCAAGAUUCCCGUCUGGGUCAACCUACACGGCAUUAUAGGCACCGUCCGAGUUCGACUUCAGCUCAUUGCCGACCCGCCGUUUAUUUCCCUCUGUACACUGACGCUCAUGGGUCAACCCAAAGUCGCUAUGAGCUGCGUGCCUCUUGUUCAGCGAGGUCUGAACAUCAUGGAUGUUCCUCUGAUCAGCAACUUUGUGCAGGCAGCAGUCGACGCUGCUGUGGCACAAUAUGUCGCACCCAAGAGCUUGACAAUCGAUCUUCAGAAGAUUCUAGUUGGCGAAGACUACAAGAAGAACACCUUGGCCAAGGGCGUUUUGAUGGUCACCAUAAAGCGAGGCUACGACUUCAAGAUGGGCGACGCUGCCAUCCCCUUCUUCAGAGAAGGUGGCUCAGAUCCAUACGUCUCUGUUGGCUGGGCAAAAUUUGGCAAGGUUAUUUGGAGCACUCGCAUCAUGUUCAAGGAAAUGUCUCCCUGCUGGGACGAGACCUGUUUUGUUCUGGUAACACCGGAAGAGUUGAACAUUGACGAGCGCCUCCGCGUCCAACUUUGGGACUCUGACCGAUUUACUGCCGACGAUGACCUGGGCCGCAUCGAAGUCAGUCUGAAGGAAAUCAUCGAGAAUCCAGAGUCUAAUGGCAAGCUGUCUGACCGUGCGGACGGAUUCAGAGCUCUCAAGUCUGGCGACAACAUGCCUGGCAAAUUGGAAUGGAGCGUCGGUUAUUUCUCCAAGACCAAAAUUCUCGACAGUCAAUUUCAGCUGCAGUCGCGGGAUCCGCGCGUUCGUACGAUGGAACAGCUCAAGAAAAAGGUUGAGCGUACCUGCGAGCGCAAGCUGCGUGAAGCCAUGCUCAAAGACACCACAUUAGAGCGCCAUGAGGAAGAUAUGGAAAAGAAGCGUGUGCUCGAAUUUAAGAAUGAGCAUGACGAAAUGAUCAUAUCCGCACCACCUCCAGAGGAAUACCCAAGUGGUAUUCUUAGCAUUCAGAUCCAUAAUCUGACUGGCCUUGAGAUUAAGAAGCUCAGCAAAGAGCACAAGUCCAAGUUUGGUGGUGCCAGUGAUGACGAGGAGGAGACUGGCGAAGGCCUCCCCUCUUCGUACUGUACCAUCAUCAUCAACCACCGCAAAACAUUCAAGUCUCGUGUGAAACCUCAAAACAGCAAACCCUUCUUUAACGCAGGCUGCGAGCGCUUUAUCAGGGACUGGCGCGACUGCGAGGUCUAUGUGUCUGUUCGCGACGCUCGUCUGCAUGAAGACGAUCCUCUGCUAGGCAUCGUACAUCUUCCUCUGACCCAGGUUUUUAAGCAACGUUCACAGGUCAUGGGAUGGUGGCCUAUUUCUGGUGGCAUCGGUAAUGGGCGUAUCCGCAUCUCUCUGGUGUGGCGCAGCGUGUCGCUCCAAGCACCUCGGAACCUGCUCGGCUGGCAGUACGGGACUCUGGAUAUUCGCCACAAGGCCAUUGGUACAGAUGUGCCAGAUGAUUUGCGCAGUUGCAAGCUUCGAUUACAAACGAACAUUAGCACUGGCAAGAUGUAUUCAUCGGCUUCGGAAGACGGACACGCCGUCUGGGCGACAAAAUCGAGCAAGCAUGUCGCUCUAGCGCUGCACCAGCGAUACAGCAGCUGUUUCUCCAUCACCUUUGUAGAUGGUCGAGGACUCUUGCGUGACCAUAUUGCAGCGUUUUGUGUGCUGUGGCUCAAGGAUAUCCCUGAUGAGGAGGAGCAGGAGAUUGAUCUCACAGUUUGGAAAGGUGACUAUAAACGCGCCUUGUCCAAUUGCAUGGAGACAUGUGGUGACAAAGUGGGCACGCUGAAACUACGCCUGACACUCUGGGCGGGCAUGGGCAGCGCACACACAAGCUGGGCCAGCGGCAGCGAGCACCUGCGGCAAGUGGUGGAGGUCAUUGAUACGGCGCGUGACAUUCUCCAGACGGACGACUGGGAGAAGGAAGCCGGCAUCGUGGACGUAGACAAUGCUGCUUGCGCUGUGGACUCGUCGGACGAUGACGGUGCCGACAACGACCCGGAGAAUGAAGACGCGAAAAGCCAGCACCACCUUCGGCACGGCCGCAGGGGCAGCUCAGGCAAGGACUCGCUACCAGACGGCAGCAUAUCCGAGAAGCAGAGCAUGAUGGACCAGGUGCGCGAUUACAAGAAGAAGGCCAAGACGCUGCAUCGCCAGCACCGGGGCAUCAUGCAAUGGAAGAUUCCGCGCACGGCCAAAUGGGUCAAGAAUAAGUUUGGUCGUGUGGAAGAUGGGGUGUCGGGCAUGUUUGAGCACGAGGUGAAGCACAAGACCGACAUUGAGACGGAGGUCUAA